CGCAAAGUUGAAACCCUAAUUUUGAAUGCGCAAUGCGGGCGAUUCUUCGGCUUCAUCAAUCAAAGGCCGCCUGUGGGACGCCAGCAUCCAUUGCUUCAAUUGCUUCUCUCUUUCAGAUGUGAGGGGAGCGCAAAUUAAGCUACACAUGUGAGGACUCAGCAGCUUUUGUCUAGCAAAGCUGGCCCCAGCUGACUCCAUUGCAACAAGCAGCAUUUGACCAGCAUUGCGGGUGGCGACGUCUUGAUCGACCAGCGUCAUGGGUUCUCUUCCUGGGCCGGGCUGGGCUGAGACCUUCACCGGCAGCAGCUCUUCCCCCACGUACCGGCGGAGCAUGUCAGCCACCCGGCAGGAGAUUGAUGCCUUCCAUCGCGAGCUGCAUCGUAAGUCCCUGGAAGGGCAGAGUGCAGAGCAGGACGCGCAAGAGGCAAUGCGGAGGAGCCAGACUAUGAGUCCGCGGCAGAGUGAUUCACCACGCAGUAUCCUGGAUGGAGGGGUUCUUGACAGCGAUGAGAAUCAGGAGGUUACAAUUGCCCGAAAAGCAUGGUGGAGAAGAUCCAAUUGGGCCUUCCUGAAUGAUCCCCCCGAGAUGGACGUCAAGGAUGGCGCAAAAGGGUACAACUAUGCCACACAACACAAGCUGGCGGCUCGGACCAUUGGAGAGCAUGCCCUUUAGCUUUUCAAGACGGUCUCAAAAUGCAACUGCACUAAUCAGUGUACUAAUACCGCUCGUUUUAGCGAGACUCGACUUUGGUACCGUUUGAGCUACUCAACGCCAGUAUCUUUCGCUCAAUGGAAGCAUGCGGACAAUCCUGCGGGCAGAAGUUCUUUGAAGCUUCUAUACUGCUGGGGUUGGCAGCGGCUGCAUAACAACCGGGGAGGUUUCUUGAGUCCUUGGAAUUGCGUUCCUUUUAAAUCAAAUAACGGUCUUUGAGAUUGCAGUCGUUGGCGCUUACUUGUGUCAUGGUAAGGUACCGUCUACACUUGUUGAAUUGAAAGUAAGCACAGAAAGGUUUGACCUAGCCGGGUGGCAGCCGCCUGCCGCAAGAGUUUUAGGUAGUCAGAAACGGGUAGGUAUAAGCCUGAGUGAUUGAUUGACACAUCAAAGUCACUGGCUGUGGCCAGACUUUUGGAGGUAUGGAUGCGGCGUUGGGCCUAGUACGAUCGUGCCAAGUAUCAAGUACGUACGUUUUGGAAUGAAGUAGCUUUUGAGUUGCGUCUUCGAAGCUGGUUUUUGAAGGUUUGCUAGAGCGUUCGUGUGCAUUGAUCUAAUAAUGGGUACUACAAAAAGACAAGAAGACGGUGGCCACUUGAAUGAAUGUACCUAGUGAUUCAAUGAUUGCGUCGGCCACCAUGGGAGUUCUCCCAUGCAUGCGUAAGAGGC